GGGACGCUGCGGCCAGGCGCCGAGAGGGAGUGCGAGCAGGACGUGAGGGGAAGCGAGCCCGCGAGUGAGGCUGACGCAUGCGCACGGCCCACCGCCCCGGUCCGGUUCCCCUGUGUCUUGGCCUGAGGCGCCGGUUGGGCCCGGGGGCAGCACGCGAUGGCCGUGGGCACGGGCACCUCGCUGGCGCUCUCCUCCCUCCUGUCGCUGCUGCUCUUCGCCGGGAUGCAGAUGUACAGCCGCCAGCUGGCCUCCACCGAGUGGCUCACCAUCCAGGGGGGCCUGCUGGGCUCCGGCCUGUUCGUCUUCUCGCUCACCGCCUUCAAUAACCUGGAGAAUCUGGUCUUCGGCAAAGGAUUCCAAGCAAAGAUCUUCCCUGAGAUUCUUCUCUGCCUCCUGUUGGCUCUCUUUGCAUCCGGCCUCAUCCACCGAGUCUGCGUCACCACCUGCUUCAUCUUCUCCAUGGUUGGCCUGUACUACAUCAACAAGAUCUCCUCCACUCUGUACCAGGCAGCAGCUCCUGUCCUCACACCAGCCAAGGUCACGGGGAAGGGCAAAAAGAGAAAUUGACCCUGAAUGUCCAAUAAAGUUGGUUCUUUGUAGCUCCA